AUGGCUCUCUUCCUUUCUUCUAAAAACAACCCAGCAUUUCUCAUUCUCUUCUUUUUAUCAUCUCUUCUCUUUCUCACUACCCAACAAUGCAACCAUCAUCACUUCUCUGCUUUACUCCACCUCAAGCAUCGUUUUAACUUCAUUGAUGAUUACACCCUCUCUACUCUCCCCUCUUGGAAUUCAAACAAUACCGAUUGCUGCACUUGGGAACGCAUCACGUGCGAUGGACCCACUGGUCACGUGAUCAGCCUCGACCUCAGUGAGCUCUAUAUCUCUGGUCGGAUUGAUUUUGAAAGCCUCUUUCGUCUUCAGAGCCUCCAGAGGCUCAACCUCGCUUACAAUUACUUCGAUCACUCUCCAUUCCCAUCUGGGUUUGACCAGCUCACCAGGUUGACCCAUCUCAACCUCUCUUCGUUUUCCUUUUAUGGCCAAAUCCCACUGGAAAUCUCCCGCUUGACCUCUUUGGUUUCUCUCGAUCUUUCUUUCAAUGAAUAUUGGAAUGGUUCCUCCGGUAAACACCUGAAACUCGAAAACCCAAGCAUUGGAGCAGUCGUCCAAAACCUGUCCAAUCUGAGUGAACUCUAUCUGGACUGGGUACACAUAUUACUGCAGGGCCAGACCUUAGAUUUGCCACUCCCUACUCUCCGCAAGUUGAGCUUACGAGAAUGUGAGUGUGGAUUGCAUGGAAAAUUCCCUGAGAGUGUUUUCCAGCUGCCAAAUCUACAAAUCAUUGAAAUAUCAGGCAAUCCACUUGUAGCUAUCAAUUUGCCGGAGUUCCCUCAAAACAAUACUCUACAGAUUUUGAUCCUUUCAGGCACAGGGUUUUCAGGAAAGAUACCAGAUUCGGUCAGUAAUCUCAAAUUCUUGAGUAAAUUAGACCUCAGCAAUUGCAACUUGUCUGGAUCAUUACCAUCCUCACUUUCAAACCUUACCAAACUUCAAUUCUUGGAUCUUUCACACAAUAGAUUGAGCGGUCCAAUUCCUUCCUCCUAUGGAAAUGAGCUUCAAAAUCUCAAAGAGAUAACCUUAUGGAAUAAUUUGCUUAAUGGGACCAUUCCAUCAUCAUUGUUUUCACUCUCAUCAUUACUACUGUUGGAUCUGCGAGGUAACCAACUUAGUGGUCAACUUGGUGAGUUCCACAAUGCCUCUUCUUCACAGCUGGAGUUCCUCCAUUUGGAUAGCAAUAAAUUGCAGGGGAUGAUACCCAGAUUUAUCUUUCAACUUACCAAGCUUCAACUACUUCACCUUUCUUCCAAUAAUUUCAGUGGUGUUGUGGAGCUAGGCUUAUUUCAAAACCUCAAAAAUCUUAACUCUCUGGAUCUUUCAGAUAACAACUUGUCAGUCCAAUAUGGCAGUGGUAAUUCCACAUUUGUUUCCAUCCCCCAGUUUCAAUCUUUGUUGUUAUGUUCUUGCAACAUCAGCACAUUUCCAAAUUUCUUGAGAAAUCAAGUGCAGUUGAUGGAACUGGACCUUUCCUACAAUAAAAUUAGUGGUGAAAUACCCAAAUGGAUAUGGGAGGUUGGCAAUGGGUCUUUAAUCUCUUUAAAUCUUUCUCACAACGUUCUGCAGGGAAUAAAACCAUCUCCCCAUCUUUUGUUGAGUGACUUUCAGUUUAUUGACCUUAGCUUCAACAUGUUGAAAGGUUCACUUCCAAUCCCAUCACCCUCCGUCCUAUUCUUUUCAGUUUCAAACAAUAGCCUUGGUGGUGAAAUCCCUCGAUCAGUUUGCAAUGCAACAUCCCUAACAGUCCUUGAUUUAUCUCACAAUCACUUCAUUGGUCAGAUUCCAUCAUGUUUGGGUGAGAUUGGUGAUGCCCUGUCUGUGUUGAAUCUUCAAGGAAAUGCUUUCAAUGGCACCUUACUUCAGACAUUUAAAGAGGGAUGCAACAUACAAAUGCUUGAUCUCAGUGGGAAUCAAUUAGAGGGCCGAGUGCCAAGGUCUUUGGCCAAUUGCAAAAUGUUGGAGGUAUUAAACUUGGGAAACAAUCAAAUACAUGACACCUUCCCUUUAUGGUUGGGAGCUUUGUCCCAGUUGCGUGUUCUCAUCUUGAGAUCCAACCAAUUUCAUGGCGCCAUUGGUCAUCCUCUAACAAAUCACCCUUUCCCUCUGUUACAAAUUUUCGACCUCUCUUUCAAUAGCUUUGAGGGUAAUUUGCCAUCAAAUAUGUUCAAGAGCUGGAAGGCAAUGAUGGAAGAGGACAAAUCCCAAUCUUUGGUCCCUGGCAAAAUGAUGAACGGAAGUUCCAUAUACUAUCAAAACAAAGUAUCUCUUCUCAGCAAAGGGCUAAUGAUGGAAGUGGUAAAGAUCCUUACUACCUUCACCGUAGUGGAUCUCUUAGGAAACAAAUUUGAUGGGGAUAUCCCAGAAUCAAUUGGGGAUCUGAAGUCGCUCCAUGUUCUCAAUAUGUCCAACAACUAUUUAACAGGCCGAAUUCCAAUUUCAUUUAAGAAUCUAAGAGAUUUGGAGUCAUUGGAUCUCUCACAAAAUAAAUUGUUAGGGGAGUUCCCUUGGAAGCUAACAGAGCUAACAUUUCUUGAAGGCUCACUUCCAAUCCCAUCGCCCUCCAUCAUUUUCUUGUCAGUUUCAAACAAUAGCCUAAGUGGAGAAAUCCCUCUAUCAGUUUGCAAUGCAAAAUCCCUGACGGUCCUUGAUUUAUCUUACAAUCGCUUCAUUGGUCAGAUUCCACCGUGUUUCAGUGAGAUUGGUGAUGCCCUUAUUGUGUUGAAUCUUCAAGGAAAUGCUUUCAAUGGAACAUUGCUUCAGACAUUUAAAGAGGGAUGUAACAUACAAACACUUGAUCUCAGUGAAAAUCAAUUAGAAGGCCAAGUGCCAAGGUCUUUGGCCAACUGCAAAGUUUUGGAGGUAUUAAACCUUGGAAACAAUCACAUGCAUGAUACCUUCCCCUUAUGGAUGGAAGCUUUUUCCUACUUGCGCAUUCUUGUCUUGAGAUCUAACCAAUUUCAUGGCACCAUUGGGCAUCCUCUUACAAAUAACCCAUUCCCACUAUUACAAAUCAUCGAUCUCUCUUCCAAUUGCUUCGAGGGUAAUUUGCCAUCAAAUAUGUUCAAGAGCUGGAAGGCAAUGAUGGGGGAGGAGAAAUCCCAAUCAUCGGUCCUUGGCAAAAUGAUAAAAGGCUCCAUAUAUUAUCAAAACAAAGUAUCUCUAGUCAACAAAGGGCUACAAAUGGAAUUGGUAAAGAUCCUUACUGCCUUCACCGUAGUGGAUCUCUCAGAGAACAAAUUUCAAGGGGAUAUCCCGGAAUCAAUUGGGGAUUUGAAGUCGCUCCAUGUGCUCAAUAUGUCCAACAACUAUUUAACAGGUCGAAUUCCAACAUCAUUUGAGAAAUUAAGGGAUCUCGAGUCAUUAGAUCUCUCGCAAAAUAAAUUGUCAGGAGAGAUCCCUUGGCAAUUAGCAGAGCUGACAUUUCUUGAGGUGUUGAAUCUUUCACAAAACCUCCUUGUGGGAACAAUACCACAAAGUCGACAGUUUCUUACAUUUAAUAAUGAAUCAUUCAAAAGAAACUUAGGAUUGUGUGGACCUCCACUAUCAAACAAAUGCGAAGAUGCAAAGAGCGCACCAUCGCCCACUCUGUCAACAUCGCAUUCCGAAAGGAAAUAUGAUUGGGAAUUAAUGUGGUUAGGAUUUGGAGUUGGAUAUGGAGUAGGCGUAGGGAUGCUUUUCUGGACUCUAGCACUUUGGAGGAAGGGAAGAAGAGAAUUCUAUAUAUUUGUUGAUGGAAUGCUUUCUUUGAUUUUUCCUUCCAUGGUGUUUUCUAAAUAG